GCGUUGCUCAAUCGCGCGCAGCAGACGCGUCGUGCGGUAUCAAAGUAGUAGCUGCAGCUUAAUUAGUACGCGGCGGGGACGACUUUCCAGCGGGCGGCGGAGGCAGAAGUGUGCGAGGGGAGAAAAAAACGAACGCAAUAUUAAUGUAUCAUAAGAUCGUAUCGUAUCCCCGAAACGGCGGCGACGACGCCCCCCCGAGACUGUACGCAACGUUUGCCCGUGGUGGUCAACGGCAGCGACUGCACCAGUGGUCAGCCCGCAGUAUCGUGAUGACAGCAACAGCAACAAGCAGCAGCAGCAACAAGUAACGGCUGCGGUAAAAACGAAAAACCAAUCCAACCGUCGGUCUAUAGAUCACUUUCAAAUCACCGCACGUCCAGUAAGAACACAUCGCGAACUCGUUUCUUCGUCGUUAAUUUGCGCGACACGAUUUUCAAACAUAACCAACACGGGAACCCGCGACAAGAACACAACCGUUCGAACGCUGUGGGCGGCAUCCCGCGAUCCAUCCAGUCGCCGCCACAGCCGCCGUCGUCCAUUAACCGUCGUAAACGAUGAGGACCAUCGGCAGCAGUAAGAGCCGCUGCUUCGCGGCAGUGGCGAUGUUAUUCGUCGUCGCGGUCGCGGCCGGCGAAGAUUUCAACGCCGACGGACCGAAUCCACCAGUACAACUGUUGCGGGCCAACGAUGGUCAACAAAUGCAGCAACCACGGGGAGCCAGGUCUAUCGAUGUCAUCACUCGGCUAUUGGGCAGUAGCAGUGGCACUGUUGCUGGAUCAUCAUCAAGUGGAUCAUCAUCUAGUGGAUCAUUAGACGAAAAAGCUUCUGCAGCUUCAACUGCGGCCGAUAGUGGAAGCCCAAGUAGUGGCAGCCCAGGCAGUGGUAGUGGAUCCGUACUCAAUCUAGUCGCCCCACUAGUGGGUAGCAGCAGUGGCAGCGUCAGCGCCGGAUCUUCUGGAUCCGCAUCCGGAAGCGGAGAUGUAAGCAAAACCGAUGGAAGUGGACCAGAUAUAGCUGGUUCGGAGGGAGCAGCUGGUGCAACACCCGGAGGCAGCAAUUUCGGUAGCAUACUAUCUCUCCUCGGCCCUUUGUUGGGCAGCAGUAGUGGAAGUGGUGGUAACGGCGGCGAUGGUGGAGACAAUUUGAAUGGUGGUGGUGGAAGCUCUGGAAGUUCAGGAGGCUCUAAUAUCUUAAGCCUGUUGUCAGGUCUUUUAGGCAGUAGCAGCGGUUCGUCAAGUGGUAGCGGCUCGUCGAGUGGCGGUGACUCAUCAGCAAAUACCGCAAAUGAUGAUACAGGCGCUGGGGCAGGUGGUUCGGGGUCUAGUAGCAUUUUGCAACUAAUUGCACCAUUGAUAGGCAGUAGCAGCGUAAGUACCUCAUUAUUUUGUAAAAGUAUUAUACACUACAUUAUAUGUAUUUAUUUUUGUAAUAACUUAGAAAAUAUAAUUUAUUAGUUAGUUAAUACAUAA